AGUCUUGCGGAGGAGCAGUUGAAAGAUAGAUCUGUUCAUUUAUUCAUUCGAACGACCUUGAUAUUUAUUAUUUUUUAUCGACAAGAGUUAAAAACUUCACAAAGUCUAAAUGUUUAAGGCAUUGCGUGUGAAAAAUAUUGGAAAGAGUGGCUCGCUGGCAGCUAAGCAUGGUUGGUUUUGCGUUUCAUCGCUCUCACGGGAGCAAUAUUGAGAUCCUUGAAAACAGACGUGUUGCAAGACGGUUUCGCAGUUUUGCAAAUGCUAUCGCAUUUUCUCAUCGACCUUUGGCUCCGGGAGAAACUUUUUUAUUCGAAAUAGAGGAACAAGAGGUUGGAUGGGCAGGACAUGUUCGGUGUGGGGUGACCGCUCACGAUCCAAAAAAGCUGGAUUCCUUGCCUCAAUAUCUGCUGCCUGAUUUUGCCCAAAUGAAUGAGGGAAAAGGCUGUUCAUGGGUAUUUGCUAUCAAACCAUCAGAAGAUAUGCCUUUUGGAGAUGAUGCUUGUGGUGUCCCUGCUGCUUGUAAGAGUACUGACCCUAAAUUUAUCAAGAAUUCGAAACUUAAUUACAGGCUAUUACGAGCAGGCGAUGAUGUUAAGCCUACUGAUAUAGGCAGCAGGAUUGGAAUUCAUGUCACUUCAAGUGGAUCUCUUUACUUUUUUGUAAAUGGAACUCAAUUUGGACCAUUUGCUUCGGAAAUCCCCGUGGAAUAUGGGGAAGUUUUUGCUGUUGUUGACCUUUAUGGAAUCACAAAACAAAUUAGAGUUAUUCAGGUUGAAGUCCCCACAUUAGAAGAAUUUUCCAGUGCUGUUAUCAAAGAGCAUAUGACAGAGGAAGAGAUAAAAAAAUUGGAUAUUCCUGGGAGAAUUCUUGAGAAAUUGCAGUCUUACUAACAUGUGUCUGGGGGUGAACCUCACUCUCUAACCCAAAAUAUCUUUGGAUGCUUCUUUCUAAUGCUCCUUUUAAAAUGUUAAAGCAAAAAGUUGUAAUAAUUGUUAGACAAAUUAUCACCACCAAACUCGUAAGUUUGAAAUUUAGCAAAUUUACCAUAUAUUAUUAAUGCAGCAAACCAGUGAACCAGUUUUAGAAAAAAGAACUAGACAUUAUAAUACAAAGUUGAGAAAUUAAUUUUUGAAACUGGAAGUAGGCAUCAAACACUAGGAGUAUGUCAUCAACUUUUCAAUUUUAAUACCACUUGCCAGCUUGUGCCAAAUAAAUUCAAUUGUUUGAAUUGGCAUUUGCAUGGCAAUAAAUUUUCUGUACAAAGUAACUAUAUCAAACCAUUGAUAUUCAAAUAUAGUUUGCUGAACAAACGAAGAACUUUAAAAUGUCAUCAAAUUAAAGUUAAGACAUUUACACAAGCCACAUUCUUAACUGUUCAACACAAGAAGAACUUUGUAUAGCAAUAAUUUUUGUUGUUAAAUGACAUUUAGUUCUAAGAUGGCUUGACAAUUAUAUCUCACAUGAGAAUAUUCUAAGUUGAGCUUUUUUCAAUGUAAUCAACAUUUUCGUCAAUGAUUCAAGCCCAUUCCUUCAAAGUUCCAGAAAAAGAAAUAUUUUUUCGUCACUGAUGUCACCAACCCUGUUUUUCACAGUUCCUGGACAGAAAAACUUUUUGCGCCAGACAAAAGUUCCACUUUCAAAGCAGUCAACAAUUGCAGCUGCAAUACCUCAAUAACUUUUCUAGGUAUUCCAAUAAGAAAUAGCUUUCUAUCUUCAGCAACUUCUUGCAAGUUUUUUUUAAAACUCAAAAGUUGAUGUUUCAAAAACCUACAAAAUUUUUACAGUUGAUGUUUUUGGGCUACUUCCAGUCUUCAAAGUAUGAAUAAUACCUUUUUAGAAUUUUGUGGAAAUAUGUGCUGUUUAGUUUUUAGUGAUUAAAAGCCUUGCAAAGUUCAUUGCGUAAAAAAUUUGAAUUUUUUAUGACCUAUACUUCAAUACUUUUUGAAAACACAGGUUCUUUUGGAAUUUAGUAAGCUGUGAAACAAUUGACAUUAUUUAUAAAACUUGUUGAACUUGUGUUUAGGUUACAAUAGACAUUAAAACUAUUUUCUUACAUAUAAUGAUUAAUGUCAUUCUUUGUUCAAUACAUGAUAAUUUGUUCAGACUGUUGGCUUGUAGUAAUGAUCACGGUCGAUGCUUUAAAUGUUAAGAUUACAAGAUGACAAAAAGUGAACAGGGCAUUAUUUGAAUUGAAAUAGUUUCAUUCCAUAUCCUUAAGACUAACGAGUUGUUAUUUCUAAAGGUUAAAUGUUAGGAAAAGAACAUAUUUUCGUAGAAUGCAGCCUUAAAAUACAGCUAAAUUGGCAUCCUAUGCGACCUAGGAAUGAAUAAAAAAUGAACGUAAGGCCUUAAUUGAAAAGGUCAUGGUGAGCUUUGGAAACACUUUUAGAAUGAAGUUACAGUAGUUUCUUCUUAACAUUAUGCAGUUAGGUCAGAGAGACCUUGUGUAUAUUCGUAUUUACAUCCGUUUUCUCCUUACUGGCUGUUUCCACUAUUAGAUUUUCUGCUCAGAUAUGUUGACGCCAUUCCCUAAAUGGACUGUAGUGUAAUUUUACUAAUUUAUGCUUUUCCUUUUGUCCGUUCGUAUAUAAUCAAAUAGAGUCUUUACAUAAUCUGCCAGUUAUCGAUCUCGA